AAGACCGUCUCCUAACCUCACUUUGUUUCGUAAAAAAGUUAUAAAAGGUGUUUUUUAAAACAUUUGUAAAUAAACUUAAGAAUAAUUUUCUACGAUACCAAUUAGUUUAUAACGUAAAACCAAAGUAUUGAUAGUUAAAUACAUAUACGACAAUGAUGGAAAACAGUAACAAAAUUAUCCCACCGCAUUUAAAUGCUGAAAUAUACAGAACCGAUACCACUGGGACAAACACGGUAUCAUAUUUGGAUUACAUACGUAUUCAUACAGAUGGCAGUUUGUUGGUAGGUAGUUCUGAACUUACAGGAAGGUAUUGGAAUGGUGGCAUAAACGUCUUUCAGAAUGUAGCUGAAGGUCAGAGAGAGUGCAAAAAGUCUAAAAAGUGCAUUUCUCUCACUAGUGGAACUGCUGAUGGAUGUUUUGCUGAUAGUUCGUCAAAGAUAAUACUAUGUGAAGACAAUGGUGCAGUGAGUGUGUGGGCUACUUCUGAUGACGGUGCAUGGAAGAUAUGGGAUAGGAAGGUGUUUGCGGCGGAACACGAUGAUGCGGCACUCGCCAUUGAAUGUGUUGACUCUGGCAAAGAGUAUAUAACCACAGGAGCUGAUGGAAAUGUCAAGCUCUGGGAUAUCUGUGAUAUGAUUUGUAUUAAGAAUUAUAAAGGGGCCCAUAACAUGGCAGUUUAUGGAGUAGCAGUGAAACCUAACUCAAAGGCGUGUUUCGCCACUGCUUCUUUGGACAGUUAUGUUACUCUAUGGGAUCAAAAUAUUGACAAACCAGUAACAGAUUUAGUUAAGAAUAAUUGUGGUGUGCGUUGUCUACAAUGGCUAGACGAAUACAGAGUGGUGUACGGUGAUGAAGCUGGCAUACUAAGACUGGUAGACAUCAGGAAAACUGAUGACACAAAUAAACUAGCUGAAUUCCCUGCUGCUGUUCACAAAGUAGCUGUUAACUCUGGAUCUAACAAGAUAGCUGUAUGCUGUGAUAACAAAAUAGUAUCAGUUUGCACAGUAAAUGCAGACAACCAGUCCAGUAUAGAAUACCAUGACAGACAUAUGCACAACAACUACGUAAGAGGCCUCGCCUGGGACGUGAAUGAAAAGAAUAUCCUCCAUACACUAGGAUGGGACGGUGAGAUUAAAACUCACAAAAUAUGUAAUUAGCUAAGUAAUAAUUGAAUUUCUUAAUACAUCAUUAUUUCUCAACAUCAUGAAA